CGAACGCACACACUUUAGGAACAUGCAGGUCCAAAGCACAGCCGGCGCUAGCGCCCCAUCAGGUGAACAAAUAUCCAUGUUCACCCGGAUCUACUCGCUGACGCCUGGCGCAGCUGCUCUCCGCGAACUCGAAGGCCUGCUGCAAGAAUUGGAACGAAACCUCGAGACUCUCAAGCUGUCUCUGCAAGAGCAACAGGACGCCCUGACAAAGGUGAAAACUUCCGGACGCAACCCGCAAACUGCGACCCCUAUCUUCACACGGCAGGCGAUCUCUACACUAUCCCAAUAUGCUCUGGAUCUGCACAAAUCAAACGAAGCCUCGAGAGAAGCGCUUCGCUGCCUCGCAAACGCCUUCUUGCUGCAUGAACCUUCGAGACAGGUCUUUGUCGACCUAGGCUAUGCGCACAAGGCCGCCGAUCGCCUAACUGUCGACGAUCACGAUGACGAGUUCCUCAUCGCACGCAUACUGUUCUACAUGACCUACAAUACGACCCUCGACUUCCAAAUACUGCUCGACCAGCAUAGCCUUGCGGAGAACAUCAAUCGCCACAUCUCUCGUCAUGCUAAUGCCUAUUCGAAGUCUGCGAAGCGGAAGUCAGCGACGGCUGUCAGCCGCGAAGCAGCCAUGAGUGAGACAUGCAAGUUGAUGUUCAAUGUCACACAUUACUAUCCUGAUUCGGUACCAAAAUUCACACCAGCAAUCGAGCCAAUUAUCAAUAUCCUUCGACUUCACGACCUACCCGAUCCGCCACUCCAGCCACCGACCAGCUACCUCAUAAAUGCUUUGCUCAAUCUUGAUCUGCAAGCUGCCGAGAGAAGGACUCCGUUAGGUCGUGAAGCCCGGUCGAGCCCGAUGUUUCCUUACUCUGAUACCGAAUCUUUCGUCAAUAGAUUGAUCGACAUUCUGGACGCUGCGAUUCGCAAACAACCAGAACGGGAUCUCGACCAAGCCGCCGCUCCGCUCUGCACACUGCUGAGAAGACUAUACGAGCUUGCGACAUCUCAGAUGAAGGCUUACAUGCGUUGGCUGCUUCUGCCAAAUACCAAGGAUCGGGAGAAGCCCCUCGGCCAGGGAGAUACUUUGUCCGCUCGAUUACUCCGGCUCUCGUGCUCGCCAAACCUGCCCACUCUACGAGGGAACAUUUCGGCGUUGCUGUUCGAGCUCAGCGACAAAGAUGCCAACAAGUUCGUCCAGAACAUUGGCUACGGAUUCGCGUCCGGUUUCCUGGCGAGCCAAAACAUUCAAGUUCCUGCGAAUGCUGCAGAUGCUAGUAGUUCCGCGGAUGCGAACGACUUCAAUCCCAUUACAGGUCAGCGAUUGUCGGCUGAAGACCGCGAGGAGCAUGGCUCUGAGCCGAUGACGGAGGAGGAGAAGGAGAGAGAAGCGGAGAGGUUGUUCGUAUUAUUCGAAAGGCUAAAAGCGACCGGGGUCGUUGAUGUCAAGAAUCCCGUGGAAAGGAGAUUCGAAGAGGUUGACGACUAAGGCUCCAGCUGUUGCCCAAUCGAGAAGCCAUCAUUUUACUGCAUGCGGAGCCGUGCUUACAUUGUUCAAGCCGGCAUGAUUAACAUUUCGCGAUCGUGGAGCUCUGCGAAUCUGUCCAAGGUGAUCUCGAUUGUUAGGGUUAGGGUUACAGCGUCUUUCAACACCACAUCAAUAUAUUCCGACCCCACUG